GUUCAUACGUGGAUGGGAGGCCGGUUUCAGCUGGCUGCGUUGCCGUAGCAACGAGCUCUCUAUAAAUACUGUGGGAUCCUUUUUGCCGGCUUGCACACCAGCUCAGUCUCGACGGAAGCGACACGCCAGCUUUACUUUUUUUAUCCCAGCAUUCUGGUCUAAUGGACACACUCUUCGUAAAUGCUUUUUAAGAAUCAUCAGUCUAGGAAGACGCACACUGCCUACUCAGCAGGCCCGGGCCUUGAGUCAUAUUUGAAGGGAUUUAACUUCACUGGUGAGCCGCCUUGGCUUCUCUGCACCUGAGAAAACAGCGACACUAAAUUCCAUCUCUUUCCUAUCCAAUUUACUGGUGACCAAUCGAGAGGACUUCUUGUGACCAUGAAUACUGCCACUCCCACCGAGUUUGACUUCUCUUUCUUGGAAGAGGGCUUCUCCGCCCGGGACAUUGUUGAGCAGACGAUCAACGAGUCAUCCAUGACGGAUGACCGGGACGCCUUCUACGUCUGUGACCUGGGAGAUGUGCUAAAGAAACACCUGCGCUGGGUGAGGGCCCUGCCUCACGUCACUCCUUUCUAUGCCGUCAAAUGCAACGACAGCCGGGCCGUGGUCAUGACCCUGGCGUCCCUGGGAGCCGGCUUUGACUGUGCAAGCAAGAUGGAGAUCCACAUGGUUCAGUCUCUGGGAGUGGCUCCAGGCAGAAUCAUCUAUGCCAACCCCUGCAAGCAAGCUUCUCAGAUCAAGUAUGCGUCUGCCCAUGGGGUCCAGAUGAUGACCUUUGAUAGCGAGGUGGAACUCAUGAAAGUGGCCCGCUGUCAUGAUAAUGCCAAACUGGUGCUGCGUAUUGCCACAGAUGACUCAAAGGCAGUGUGUCGCCUGAGUGUGAAGUUUGGGGCCCCACUCAAAGCUUGCCGUGGGCUUCUGGAGCGUGCUAAGGAGCUGGGGCUGGAAGUGAUCGGCGUCAGCUUCCACGUCGGCAGUGGCUGCACCGACCCGGAGACCUUCCGCCAGGCUAUCGCCGAUGCCCGCUGCGUCUUCGAUUUGGGGGAUGAGCUGGGCUUCAACAUGGACCUGUUGGACAUCGGAGGAGGUUUCCCCGGUUCAGACGAAGCUGAACUCAAAUUUGAAGAGAUCACAGCAGUAAUCAGCCCGGCCCUGGACAAGUACUUCCCUUCUGACAGCGGUGUUAAGGUGAUCGCUGAGCCAGGGCGCUUUUAUGUGGCCUCUGCUUACACACUGGUUGUCAACAUCAUUGCCAAGAAGGUCAUCAUGGACGACGAGUCGGCCUCUGACGGUAACAGCCUUGAUUUAGGAAAACAAGUUUACUCUGAAAGCACAUUUGUAACAUUUGUCGGUAUUAAAAAUGAUUUUAUGCUUUCUUCAGAGGAAGACGAAGGGACCAAUGAUAAGACUCUGAUGUACUACGUCAACGAUGGAGUGUAUGGAUCCUUCAACUGUAUACUCUAUGACCACGCUCACUGUUUGCCAACACUACUUAAGAAGCCAAAGCCAGAUGAGCGCAUGUACCCCUGCAGUAUCUGGGGCCCGACAUGCGACGGCCUUGACCGCAUCGUUGAGCAGUGUGACCUGCCCGACCUGCAGGUGGGCGACUGGCUGAUCUUUGACAACAUGGGCGCCUACACCGUGGCCGCCUCCUCCACCUUCAACGGCUUCCAGAGACCCGACAUCCACUACGUCAUGUCCCGCACUGCCUGGCAACAUGUGCAGCAGAUCUGUUCCCAGGGCAUGCCAGCUCCUGCGGAGGAGUCCUGCCUGUUAGAAGUGCCAGCCUGCUGCGGUCGAGAGAGCAGCUUGGAGCAGCCCACUAAGCCCUGCCAGGCCCAUGUGGUUUAAACACCUACUGUACAUCACAGCUAUGUUCUCCAGACCUAGCACCCUUUUGUUCUACAUUAUUGAUGAGGCGUUCUGUAUCUUUUCUUUUUUUUCUCCCCUAAUGUACGUUGUCAUUUCAAGGCCAGUUACUUGACAGGAGAAUGAGAGGGACACGCUGCUGCACAACUUUCUGUGUUCUGUAUGGAAGUGGGGUUCAACUCAACUCAAUGAGGCUGAAUCACACUCUGAGUGUCUCUGUGUGUUCCAGACAGAGUAUUACGGAGCAGCUCUGUACUCCAGCUCGUUGCUGCAGUCUCUUCCCCCCCCCCCCAAUGUUUCCCGUCACUGUAGCAAAAGUCAAGAGGUGACUCAUGCUAUUAUUUAAAUGCCAGCAUAAUAUACUGUAGCAACAUUGCUUUAUUUGGUUGCUUUAUUUAGUUAACUUACAAAGAGGUGGUUGGAGGGGUGAUUUGCAUCCUCACACAUGGCUGCUAUGUUUAUAUUUAUCUUUUCCACGAUCUCCACUUCUGUACAGAACCUCUCAAGUGUUAAUCCUCAAGACGUCAAUAUUUCAAGAAACACACUUGUCUGCAGCAUUUGAAUGAAUCAGACAGCGCUGUAGACACUAAACAUCCCCACAUUUGUUCUGGUCACCUGACACUACAGGAUCCACCACAAUACAAUAACUCUUCAGGAUUAAUACUUACAAUGCAGGGACUCAAGAAGCAGACUGCUCCUCUCCUCUUCUCCACCUUAAUAUUAUUUUUUCAUUUUUUAUUUGUAACGUGUAGAAGUCUGCUCAUGAUAUGAUUGAAGAGGUGUGAACACCAUACAUCUGAAAUGGAUACGAAAGAGACGGGAUCGCAAAGUCAUAACGCUUUCCUAUGGAAACUUUUUUGAAGUUUUGUAUUUUUUUAAUAAAUAAAGCAUUAGGUGCGGAGCUGAA